AUGCCCUCCCUCGCCGUCUUCCUAGGUAUCUUCGCCUCCUUUGGAGGUUUCCUUUUCGGAUAUGACACGGGCUACAUCGCAGGAUGCAAGGAGAUGCAGGCCUUCCUGCGCGUCUACGGAGAUUUGCAGGCGGACGGAACGUACAAGCUGUCGACGGGCACCGACUCGCUCAUCACCUCGAUCCUCAGUGCCGGCACGUUUGUGGGUGCCCUUGCGGCUAGCACGAUCGGCGACUGGUUAGGCCGUCGCCUCGGUAUUGCCAUCUAUGUGGCCGUGUUCUCGGUCGGCGUCGCCCUCCAAACUGGGGGAACUAGCCUCGGUACUUUUGCUGCUGGGCGUGUGCUCGCUGGCCUUGGUGUUGGUGGCACGUCAGUCCUCGUGCCAGUAUACCAGGCCGAGUGUGCACCGCGUCAUAUCCGCGGCAUGAUCGUCUCCGGAUACCAGUGGUUCAUUACUGUUGGCCUUCUCAUCGCUGCCAUUGUGGUCGACCAAACAAAGGACCAUUCGGGCAAGUCGGCGUAUCAGAUCCCGAUCGGGAUCCAGUUCGUUUGGGGCGCAAUCCUCGCUUUCGGCCUGCUUAUCCUCCCGGAAUCGCCCCGUUGGCUCCUCUUCAAGGGCCGUGAAGAGGCGGCGCGUGCAAGCCUCGCUAGACUUGCUAGUGCCGACGUGUCUUCAGACGCCGUGAGCAAGGAAUACGACGAGAUCUUGGCGACGCUCGAAGAGGAGCGCAAGUACGGCGGCGGUAGCUGGUCCGACUGCCUCCGCAUGGGACCCCAGCGUACUUUCCAGCGUAUUAUCACUGGCAUGAUUCUUCAAGCGUUUACCCAGCUCAGCGGUAUCAACUUUAUCUUCUACUACGGCACCUCGUUCUUCACCGCGAGUGGUAUUUCGAACCCAUUCCUCAUCACGAUUGCGACCAAUGUCGUCAAUGUCGGCAUGACCAUUCCGGGCAUGCUCCUCGUCGACCGUCUCGGUCGCCGGCCGAUGCUGCUGUACGGCAGCGCUGGCAUGGCUGUAUCGCAGAUUAUCGUUGCGGCUGUCGGCGUCGCCCGCCCAAUCACCGACCAGGCGGCGCAAAAGGUUCUCGUGGCCUUUGUGUGCAUUUUCAUCGCCCACUUUGCGAGCUGUAUGGCCCCCCUAAGCUGGAUUGUCACCUCCGAGCUGCCGCCAUACGCCCUUCGCACAAAGAGCAUGUCACUCAGCACUGCCAGUAACUGGAUCUUCAACUUUGCCAUCGGGUACGCGACGCCGUACCUCGUCAACACGGGGCCCGGGAACGCGGGUCUCAAAACCAACGUCUUCUGGAUCUGGGGCGGGUGCUGCCUCGCCUGCUUCGUCUUCACAUACUUUAUGAUUCCCGAGACAAAGCAGCUGUCGCUCGAGCAGAUCGACCUGCUGUACCUCAACGCGACACCGCGCACCUCCAACUCGUACCGCAUGGAGCUUAUCAACGGAGGCAUCCACCGUAUGCGCAGCGGGCGCCUGUCUGUUUCCGACAAGGGGGCUGGUGCGAUCGAGCAUGUCGACGAAUCCACGUACACCAAGCCCGAAGAGGCCUAA